UCACGUCGCUCGGCGGAUCUGGGAGGGAGAGGAGAGAGAGCCGCUGAAAAUGGUGAACCACGCCCGCAAGAUUUUCGGUCUGUUUAAACCAGCAGCUGAGUGGUUUAACGACCAUGUGCGAGGUUCAGGGCUCAGCGGGCUCUGCAUGACGGGGUACACCACCAUCAGCACCGGCAUGCAGGGGGCAUUUGUGGAGCGCUGGCACAAGGAGACGUCCUCUUUCCACUUGCCGGUUGGGGAGAUGACGAUCACCUUGCAUGACGUGCAGUGUCUUCUCCACCUGCCGAUUAGGGGGCCGCUGUUGACCCACUCCAAGAUCCAGAGGGUGGAGGCCAUUGAGUGGAUGACGCUCUACUUGGGCAUGGAGCACGAGGUUGCUCACUUUGAGUGCGCCACGACAUCUGGGCCUCAUAUCCGGUUCACCACACUGAGCACUUAUUUUGAGCACCACCUGGACGCGGCUGCCGAGGCUGAGGGUGAGGGUGACGAGCUGUUCACAGAGUAUCACCGCGGCUGCGCUCUCCGGUGCUGGUACAUGCAUGUGGUAGGCGCUGCAUGCUUUGUGGACAAGAGCGCCAGGUACGUCGACGUGACCUACCUCCGCUAUUUCAUGGACCUGGAUACCGUUCACCAGUGGAACUGGGGGGCAGCUACUCUGGCAUAUCUCUACCAGAAGCUGAAUGAGGCCUCCAACUGGAGGACGAGGCAGCUGGUCGGAUCCUGCACUCUGCUUACGAGCUGGAUCAUCUCCUACUUCUCCCGCAUCCACGGCUUCCACAUCGAUCCUGCGUACGUUGACGCCAUGCCCAGGGCCGCCAGAUACGACCUCCAGAGGGGGAACGAUGCGGUGGGACCAUACCGCCUGUACCUGGACCGCACGAUGCACGACGACGUCACCUGGAGGCCGUUCGCCGACUAUUUGCAGACUUUAUUGCAAUGCAAUAUAGUGGCUGUAUCAAGUAACUUGUUUCGCAAUUUGAAACCACACACUUUUUUAUCAAUGCAAAAAUGUUGUAGCACACGUGCAUCAGAAAAUGAACCUUGA